UGUGUGUGACGUAGCGCGUCGCAUGCCAUUUCCAUCGCUGCAACAGACCGGCAUCAUGUUGCAACGGUCAGCUCGGUGGAGCGAAAGGCAACAUCGGCCUACCAUUUCCAUAGUGACCCGGGUGCAGAACGCACGCGUCACGGACUUCGAAUCGCACUGGGGACAAAACGGGGACGGCCGCACGCACCAAACAUUAAAUUCGUACAGUGUGUCCAACUAGCGGCGCACGGCUUUGUCAGUCAUUGUCUGACCGUGUAAGGUGUUACAACGGUGUACAGCGGCUCGCGGCUGGGGUUUCGGGUUCUCGACGCACACACACACACCCACACUCAAUCAGGAUGGAGUCGAAUGGGACCGAAACGGUUGGAGAGUCACUGCAGCAACAGUUUGAUCAUUGGUACACCUUCCUGGUGGAGGACCUGAGCGACAAGCGUACCGCUCAUCUACCAUUCCUGCACAGUCCACUAUGGCCCCUGUCGGUGCUCUCCGUCUACUUCCUGCUCGUGUUCUACUGGAUACCGCACUAUAUGCGCGAUCGCAAACCGUACGAUCUGCGCAAACUAAUGCUGGCGUACAACGUGUUCCAGGUGGUGGUGUGCUACUGUCUGAUCCGGCAGCUCGUACGCCACGGCUGGACCUUCCGCUAUCUGUACACGUGCGAGCUGGUGGACUAUUCGACCAGCCGGGAUGCGAUCGGGUUCCUGCAUGCCGCCUACCUCAACUACUGCGUCAAAACGGCCGAGCUGGUGGAGACGGUACUGUUUGCGCUGCGCAAGAAGCGUAGCCAGAUUUCGUUCCUGCACGUUUACCAUCACGUGUUUACCUAUCUGUUGGCCUGGAUCUUCGCCAAGUACGUUGGAGGAAGUAUGCUCACGUACACGAUCAUCGUUAACUCGCUGGUGCACAUGUGCAUGUACUCGUACUACCUGCUGGCGGUCAUACCGAACUAUGUGCCCUUUUCGCUGAACAAGCUGAAGCGAUACAUCACGGCACUGCAGAUUAUACAGCUGGUGAGCAUCCUGGUGAACAUCAUGUUCGCCAUGCGCAGCAGUUGCGCCAUCCCGCGUACCCACAUCCUGCUCUACGCACCCUACAUGGUCGUGCUGAUCUCCAUGUUCAUCAACUUCUACAUGAAGACGUACAGUGGCAUCACGCGGGCACUGAACGUCUGCUACACCGACGGUGGCGUCGUUAAGAAGGUGAAAUAGUGAUCCUUUCGAGGGGUUGUGGAGCUGUGUUUUUUUUUUAAACUUGAACCCAGCCCAGUGUGUCACAGUGAGAAGUGUAACGCAAGCAGCGGAAGUGAAACCGACGAAAGUGAUGUGAAACGGAAAUCGCACUUACGAUUCCCAGUGAUCAAACGCGCUACUGGCCAUGCCAUCCGGGUGAUAGAUGGGAACACGCGGCGGGGGGGGGGGACAUUAUGGGGAAUCGCAAUCGAGUUGGGGGGCGCAAGUGCAAACAUUCUACUCCAUUUGCAUUUGCAUCGAUAAACUGAUGCAAAAAUUUAAUUGCACACCGGAGUUUUCUUCUUUUCUUUUUUGUUUUAAAUGUUGCAUCGCACUCGCGCACCAAGAGGGGAAACACACUGUAGAUACACACACACACACACACACUUGAUUUAGCGUUUGUGAUUGAAGGCCCGCGCUUAUCUUCUGCACCACCCCCAGUGGUAUGUGGAUGAAGAAUAAUUAAGCUUCCCGCUUCGAUUAGCUGAUGACACUGCGGAACACAUAAUUUCAUGAAAACACACAAAAAAGGAAAAAAGCACCCUAGCUGUAUUGCAUCAAAUGUGGUUAGCGUAAGCAUUCACGUGCAGCAUCCUGUAAGUGAUACUGCAAUGGAUGGAGAACAAAAAAACAUUAAAUUAUCUGCCCUAGCUUGUAAGAUGUCCAACACGCUCGCAGGGCACGGAUGGAAUGGGGGAAGUAAACUGAAAAGCUUUUUUAAUAUGGAUGUGAAAUAAAGAGAGAAUAAAAGAGGAAAAGUAAAA